AUGAUCGAUGCGGGUUCUUCCGUAUCUCCUUACGCAUCUGCCCGCGCUAGCCGUCCAAAAGGUUCGACAACAGGGGGAACACGUAGCUGCCCUCCAGUGGGCGUGGUGCGCCCCUGCCGCCUCGCAGCCACCUUGCUUGGCCCGGCACCCGAGGCCCCCCACCUGCCCCCAACAUGCUGUCCCCUGGUGGCUCUACCUCCCGGAAAGGAAAAGAGAGAUAGCACGGCAGCGGCGCCGUGGCCGCCAGCCGGGGCACGAUGGCUGGCUCCACCAGCGGCCCGGGCACCACCGGCCCCAACGCCGGCGCCUGAGGGGCGGCUCCCUCCCGCGCCUCCUGCGCUGGUUUCCAGCCAGCUGCCGGCGUGCUGGUCGCCUCUGCUAGCCCUCCCGCUGCAAGUUCACCAGAAGCCGAUCGCUGGUGUCCAGCGGGUCUGGUGCUCGCCGCCGCCGUCGUCGGCGCUGGAAGCUGCAGCGGCUGCCCCCAUGCCGAUGGCCCUCAGUGUGACGGACCAACUGGGCACCAGUGGCGCUCCUGAGUUCCUGGUAUGGCUAUGGCUGCUGUGGGGGCUGGAUUUGGCUGCUGCAGCAGCAUGGGAAGCUCCUGGGCGGGAAGCGAGCCGCUUAGUUUUCGUUUUUGUGAAAGAUGUUCGACCGAAGCGGAAAGUCGCGGUACCGGUUCCGGACGGGUAUACUUGGCAGGACUUCAUUCAGCAGGUUAAGAGCAAAUUGAGAAUUACAGGCGUAAGCGAGGUGUUCCUAGCAUCGAGUGGCCAAAAGGUGACAAGUCUCGACGAGCUACAGGACAUAGAUGAACUUUGCGUUGUCGAGGGCGCCGAGCCCCAUGCAGGCAACGGCCCGAUGCCCAUGGCCAGUGAGGCCGCACUACGUACUGGGAUGGCCCCCUCCACCUCGGAGAUUCACCCCCAAGCGGGACAGCAAUCAGAACCACGGGCACAGUUGCUUGUGGACAGCAGCAAACGCAAAGUGAUUGCGGCGGACGGCGGCAGCAGCUCCACAGCUGUCGUGGUGGAUGAUAAGAAGUACGCCCGGCGGCCACCUGCAUGGAAGCGGACCCUGCAGCGUCUCUUCCCGUCGCUUUUUCAGCCGGGGUUACCUGUCACGAUCAAGGAUGCUGCGGUGGCGGAGGAGCGGUCAUCGGUGCCUGGGUCGAGGCGACCACGGCGACGUCGCGCGGGCUUAUCGGCCCGCGACAUAUUGUUGCUACUGGCGGUUUGCUGUUGCCUGGCGACCCUCUUCUGGUUCAUGCGCUCAAAUGUGAAGCUGUCUUGAGGGUCUUCCCGUGCCUUGUGGGCGGGGACGG